GGUGAGCGUGAUAUGACAGCCUCUUUGGUCCUGAAUCCUCGCUGGGCGGACACGGUUAUGUUUGUGUAUGAAAACAACUUGGAUGAUCUAAACAAGAACAUGGAAGGUCUGGUUGGUAGCGGCAAUUUCGCAGCCAACCAGUGCAGGAAUCUGAUGGCUCACUCCGCUCUAGGGGGCCACCCCUCUAGCUUGGUGCACGGCUCUGGUUACCCCGGUGUGGAUGUUUCGGGCUCCAACUCAGGAGAAGCGGGUAAACAGUGUACCCCAUGCCCCGCGGUACCCCAAGGCUCCUCCACAACUGCCUUACCUUAUGGCUACUUUGGUAACGGCUACUAUCCCUGCCGAAUGGGGCGGGGUUCGCUCAAAUCCUGCACCCAGCCCAGCGCGCUCAGCUACUCCGCAGAGAAGUACAUGGACACUCCGGUCACGUCUGAAGAAUACCCCAGCAGAGCUAAAGAGUUCGCAUUUUACCAUGGUUACCCCAGCCCAUACCAGUCAAUGGCGAGCUAUCUGGACGUGUCCGUGGUGCAGACUCUGGGGUCUGGGGAGCCUCGCCACGAAACGUUGUUGCCGAUGGACAGCUACCAGCCGUGGGCACUGACGAACGGCUGGGGAAGCCAGAUGUACUGCUCCAAAGACCAGAGCCAGGCAGGACACCUCUGGAAGUCUGCACUGGCAGAUGUUGUGGCCCAUCAACAUGACGGAAACUCCUUUCGCCGCGGUAGGAAGAAAAGGAUACCAUACACCAAGGUACAACUAAAGGAACUGGAGAAAGAGUACGCUGCCAACAAAUUCAUCACGAAAGACAAGAGGAGAAAGAUUUCGGCUGUAACCAACUUGUCAGAAAGGCAGAUCACGAUCUGGUUUCAAAAUAGGAGGGUCAAAGAGAAGAAAUUCGUGGCCAAAGUCAAGAGCAACGCGCCGUAGACAUGCUGGUUUGAGCUAAUCGAUCGGACGCUAAAGGGACUUCAUUGUUUUUGGUGCGUGAUGUGACUAAAAAGCGAGAGCUAAGAUAGAGGAAUUGCACCGCCAAUUCCUUUUUAACAAAAGGAGAAUUUACCAACGAACCAAAACUCUCUAAAGACAAUUAUGUAGAGACAUGUAAAUACAGCACUUGCCUGCUUUAAUGUAACACUUACCGUCUGCUUAACUGUUAAACUCGUCCUUUACAUGGAUUUUACUACAUGUGAAUGUUAGGUAUGUCAUUGUUGUACUGCAGUAGUAUAGGAAACGUAUUAUGCAAUCAUAUUCCUUGUCUAUACUGUUUAUAACGCUUGUAAAACAGUACUAUCAAAAUAU